UGGGGGAGAGGAGCCGCAUUUGACACUUGUUGCAUUCUCUGAGAGCAGACGAGACCCGCGGCAGACGAUCACGGGCAGCGGCAGCAGACGUGAGGGUAGUGCGCACGCGAGCUGAAAGACCCCCACUCAACAAGCAGCACCACCGCCUGACGUUCGGCCUGUUGGCACCUCUCCACGAUGCCUAGGAUAUUCAUGAUAACAAACCGGCGAUAUUUCUCUGAUUUCCGCGUGGAGAGGGAAGCACCAACACUACCUAUACCAAGCUAUCAAGACAAGCCCCCAAAGAGCGUAUCUUCAGAUGAUGGCAGUGACAGUGAUGCCAGCAGCUGCUCCGGCUCUCCGCGCACUGACACUCGGGUGGACAUCCAGUCGGAAUUCGACUAUGGCUGGGGUGACUGCAGGGCCCACGUGUCCCUACUGUACGACCUGAUGACCCAGAGCCCAAGGAAGAGCACGUGUCGAGACAUCCCUGACCAGGCAGCAGAGUAUCCUCUGGAUGCUGAAAAACAAACUUUCGUAGAUGUCAGCAAGUUUGAAGCUCGAAGAUCGCUGAACGAGCUUCUUUUGAGUCCACCAAGAAGUCCCGAGUCUCCAGACAACUAUAUUUGUGUAGACUGUGGCAAGAGAUACAGUACUUCAAGCAACCUAGCAAGACACAGGCAGACACAUCGAAGUGUAAACGACAAGAAGGCCAGAAAGUGUCCUCACUGCGAGAAGGUGUAUGUAUCUAUGCCUGCCUAUAGCAUGCAUGUCCGCACUCACAACCAAGGCUGCGAGUGUCCCUACUGCGGCAAAAAGUUCAGUCGUCCUUGGCUUCUUCAAGGCCAUAUUCGCACACACACAGGAGAGAAGCCAUUUGCCUGCCAGAAAUGUGGCAAAGCUUUCGCUGACAAGUCCAACCUACGUGCGCAUAUCCAGACUCAUUCAACAGAGAAGCCUUACGUCUGUGGGCGAUGUGGCAAAGCAUUUGCCCUCAAGAGUUACCUUUACAAACACGAAGAGUCCUCCUGCAUGCGGGGCCAGAGAUUCAGGCAUUAAACCAUAAGAAGGCAUACACAUCUGCCUCGUAACCGUGGACCAAACGACCAAAGAAUCAUCUAGCUAUCACAGUGCCGUCCCUAAAUCAUCAUCUCUCAAAGAGAAUCAGCCAAAAACUAUUUUUGUAUGCUUUGCCUUUACGUCCGUUCAUCAGAAACCGACCAAAUCAUUGUUUUUUUUGUGACUCAAUGCAUGGUAGUCACCAUGACUGUGCCGAAGUGACUGAUCCGACAGUGCCUUUGAAUACUAACCGUCCAAGCCGUUCUAAUGGUCCUGAUGCUGGAGUGCAGUGAAACUGUAAGACUUAUAGGACUGACGCUAAUAGGUUGAACGUGUCAUUCAUGCUUUUUGUCCAGCAAGUGCCCUUGUCUUCAAACUGUUUGGAUUUUGUGUGGUGUGUUCUCGUUGCUAUCGACACAUCAGUCAAAGAAUCUUGGCUGACACGCCAUCUUGUUUAAGUUUGACACAGUUUUUGGUGUCCUGUGCUGCUGGAAAAUGAAUUUAUUUAUUCAUUAUUUAUUUGCGUACGUUUUGUGAUUCAAUUGUUGAUAUUUAUAUGAUAAUAGCAAAAUCGAGUGCUAAUGUAGAAAUAAAUUAUGCCUUGUGAAGAUUUUUUAUGAGAAACGUUAAAUGGAAUUUAUUACCAAAUUAAGAGACAGUUUAAUAUUUAUUACCAUAUUGUUUUAGUCACGUAGUCGUUUUCUGCUUGUUAUUGUUCUAGCUAGUUUAGAAAGUAUUGACAGGAUUUUAUAUAAUUAUGUCAUUCAUAACCAGCAAUUCGAUAUUGAACUGAACAUAUUCUGUGACAAUUUCAACAGUAUAUUUUCACACUUAAGCAUCCAAAUGCUACCCGUCUACAGGACGCUAAACUAUUCUCCUCUCGGGCAUAUGCUGAAAUUCAUCUCACAAAACAUACGUCAUUGUAAUCAUGUAUCCCUCAUUAUUAAUUCAUCAAAUCGUGUGUCUCGUAAACAUUUCUAAAAGUGACGAUUUUGGCAAUAUUAUAAAAGCAAACAUUCCUAAAAGACAUUGACAAAACUAAUUGAUAACUUCCGGUGUUACGUCACCAUUACGUCAUCAUUGCGUCAUUAAUACGUCAUUACUACCCAUGACACUUUGCUUUAAGAUGUCUUUGCAUUCCUUUUUGCUGUCUCUCGCCUUACUAUAGUGAGUCAAACUCACAAUAUUCCUAUGCAAUUAAUUUCUAUUUUUGAUAAUUAGAUUACACAUAACAUGUACAUCAUUGUGGUUAGAAUGUGAACUACUGUAUGUAAACGUAUUUAGGGGUCUAACGUGUGUUGAUGGUUUUGUGGAGCUUUUCACAUAUAAAUACGUGUAUCGUUCCCUUUCACCCAGCAUUUUUAUUUAUUUAUUUAUCAAUGCAUGUUUGUUUGAAAAUGUUUUGUGCGUGAAAACGAGUGUUAUAAUAUAUAGUCAAAACAUUGCAGUUUUAGUUUUGUCUUUCUAACGAUUAUUAGUUGGCAGUUCGGAAAGACAAAGCUGAAACAAAUAAUUUAUCCACCCUCUUCUAUAAUUUAUCCCUAUUUAUUUAAAUUAUUUGUGGAAACAUGUCUCAAUACAAGGGUGUUAUUUGAAUGAGGAUUUCCAAUAAUUCACCCCUUAUUUAUUUUUCAUCAUUCUGAUUCCGUGUGGAAACAAUUUCUAGGAAACAAGAAACAAGAAAGAUCUGGAGUUAAAGGUUGAAAUUAUCUGAGUCUGUAAUAUGACAUAUUUGAUGAAAUUUUGAUACAUGGUAUAUCCAUUAUUACCCAUUUCAACCCACGAUACUGUCCAUUUGAACGACAUAUGACAUACUUGUAUACAUACAAGAACAAACGAUAACCUUCACCAGAUCUUUUGCCAUAACGUGUGUAUGUACGUGUCAUUAACAUCAUAAAUUAUAAGUGCUGAAUCUCAUCAAUGCCUAACAGUGUAUAUCCUAGCUAUGACAAAACAUAGGUAAUUAACUCUGUCGUGAGACAUUUCUAUAAAGUAGUAUUUAUUGGCAUUCAAAUAUUCAGGGUUUGGAUAUACACUGUCAUUUCCAUCAUAAUCAUCAUAAGCGCGCAUUUAUGAUGAGACAUUCCUGUCUGCAGGUUUAAAGACAUAAAACUGUAUUUCAUUUCAACAGAAUAUUUGAUUUAAUUCCCUUGUACUUUUGGUAUUAUUAAAAUUAUUAAAAUAUAAUAUUUAAUGUUUUUCUCACGAGCUUCAGAAAAAUAGUAAAAAAUGAAAAUGUUCAUGCAUGUUCUAUAUUUAAGUUCGUAUAUGCUCUGUAUUGAAGUUCAUGUUCUGUGGUAUGAAGUACAGUUUUAUUGCCGUGCGUGCUCACUAAUUAUAACUGGGAGUCUGACAAAGACCAUUUGUAUUUUUCCAUCCAAUCAAAUGUGUCCAUCUUUUAAUUUUUUUGGGAACUUUUUAAGAAAGGUAGCAUUUUAUUGUCACCUUUUACUUUAUUAUAUACAUAAUUUACUUACGAGAUUUACAUGCUGUAGUUUUACAAUGUUUUGUCGCAUUUGCUAUAUUUAUUGAGUGAAUAAACUCUAGAAUUGCA